AUGCUCACCUUUUUGUUAUUCCUUUAUUUUUGCUUAUUUGCUCAAGCAUUCUACAUAAAGACCGAAUUACUGCGUGACACUGCACAAGUUCAUUAUGAAUCCAUUGUCGACACUGUCCUUGGUCAACACAAUGAAAAGCUAUUACUUGAACUAUCUCAAAUUAUCAAAGACCCUCAUCAUCUUUAUGAGGCUCUAAAGCCUGAAGCUGAACUCUUGUUAGGGUCAGAGCCUAUGCAAGUCUGUGUUGCACAAAUGCCUGGAAUGAUUGCUAAUCAAAUACAUGAACAGAGUACUUUUAUCUACAACCAAAUCUACCCCAUCUUGAAACGUCGCUGGCUUACGGCGGAUAAUGACUAUCAUCAAAUGAUAUCACAGUCCGUUUCGGAUGAAGUAGUGGAAGAUCUGUCUGACUCCUUAGAACUCCUGAAUAUGGAUAUAACGGAUGAUAUUAUUGACACUCUUCGGGACUUUGAUAUGAUUGGUAAUAUCAAGCGGUCCUUGCUGAACUGCCAAUCUACGUUUUCUAAUACAGCUAUAUCCACUUUAUGGUCUACAGCUGUUGAAAAGAAAGAAACCAAGAGUUUAUUAGAUUCAUACAAGGCAAGGUUAAUAUCCGACCUUCAAUCUCAACUUUAUUCUCGUGUCUAUGAACUGGCUUCAUCCAUCUAUCAAGAUACCAUUUAA